UCCAUGAAAGGUUAUCUGGUCAUUCACACCUAUCCACACAUCUUUCACAGCACCAAAGCAGCCACGCCACUUCACCCAACACAAACUCUUUCCUUAAUUUUCUUUUAUUUCGUUUCCAAUUUCCAACCACUCUCUUCCCCUGCCUCUUGUUCUUAUAUCAAGUUCAAACCAUGUCAUCAGCUUUGGUUGCAGGUGCCUCUUCUUCUUGCUCUGCCGCCUUCACCAGCAGGAACCACUCUAUCAAAGCUACCACAACCUCAUCUCCCAAGGCAUUCACACCUUUUACUUCCCAGAAAACCACAGUCCAAGGCCUGCCUCUUCAAGAGGCCAAAAAGGGUGCCUCGGGUUUCUUCCUAGCUGAGAGAAAGGGCACCUUCAGUUCCAGUCAUGCAAGAAGAGGAAUUGAGAUCACUGCAAGAACUAUAGAGGUCGAGGUUGACAAGCCCCUAGGCUUGACAUUAGGUCAGAAGAAAGGAGGUGGUGUAGUUAUUACUGCAAGUUUCAGAUUCGGUGCUCCUUCCGACAUCGAUACCAGUCAUGAGAGUGUUUUGAAUUUCUUUUUUGUCAAUUAAGGUUGCAGAUGGACAUUUAUUCACCGUGGUUUUUUAAUUGGAUACAGGCUGCUGAUGGGGUGGGAAUGCAGCAAAAGCAAGGCUUAAGGCAGGGGAUCAGGUACUUUAUACUAGCAGUUUCUUUGGGGAUGAACUUUGGCCUGCGGAUAAGGUUGGAUUUACUAAAACUGCCAUACAGGCAAAGCCAGAUUCUGUCUAUUUUAUAGUUAGCAGGUUUGCCUUCUUAUCUAAAUUUAACUUCUAUGCUCUAUUUUUCACUUCCUUUUGUUGUAUUAGUUGCAUAAUUUUGAUGAAUGUAUAGAGGAGAAAAAGUUGUUAAUAAUUUGAUAUCAAUUCAUGGUAUAGUAAGCAAAAUGCAACAUUUCUUCUUUGUUGUGGGUUUUGGACCAUAGAUAAAAGGUCAUAUUUCUUUUGCAUUGGAGGAAAAAAGCAAUAGCAUUAUUGUACUGAUGCAAAUCCAAUAUGGUGGUGU